UCGUGCCACACUUUGGCAGGCGGCGCGCAGCGGACGGAGUUCAGUUCCCUUUGGGCUCAGAAGACAUGUCCCUGAACGGUAAAAGUGCGGUGGUGACCGGGGCGGCGAAGGGCAUCGGGAGGGCCAUCACGGAGCUUCUCCUGCUCAACAGGGCCAAGGUAGCCCUUCUGGACGUGGACGAGACCGCAGGAAGGAGUUUGAAGGAAGUUCUGGACAGGCAGUACCCGCCGGAGAGAACCCUGUUCCUCAGCUGUAAUGUGGAGUCUGAGGAGCAGAUUAAAGCCGCUCUGCAGAAAACCGCUGAGACCUUCGGAGGCAUCGACAUCCUGUGCAACAACGCCGGCAUCCUGAACGAGGCCACGUGGGAGAAGACCGUCUCCAUCAACAUGAUGGGGGUCAUCAGGGGGACGUACCUGGCGCUGGAGCACAUGAGCAAGUUGAGUGGAGGUCGUGGAGGGGUCAUCGUCAACAUGGCGUCCAUGGCAGGUCUCGGCCCUCUACCAGGCUGCCCGGUCUACACGGCCACUAAGCACGGGGUGGUGGGCUUUACGCGGGCCAUGGCGGUUGCUUCCACAGCGUCGGGCUACGGUGUCCGCUUCAACGUCGUCUGCCCCGGGUUCGUCCAAACGGACCUCUUCUCCGCGUUGAAGACCAACCUGGGCCGCUUCUCCAACAUGGGCGACGCCACCGAGCAACUCAUGCAGCAUCUGGGGGUCAUAAGCGUGUCCGAGGUGGCGCAGUCCGUCCUGGAGAUGGUGACGGACGAGACGCUGAGUGGACGGGCCUGCUGCGUCUCCCCUAAAGGACGAAGAUACGUGGACUUCCCCUCCUUCGCCCAGUGAGCAGAGCAGCGACGACUCAACAUUCUGCCCUUUAAUGUCCCGCUUUUGUAUGUUUUAAUAAAGCCCUUCAGCUUUAUAACGUU